UCGUGCGCGUAGCACGUCCGAGGUGCUACGAAGCAUUUUACGAACCAUUGAACAAAUACCGUCGACAGUUUUAGUGAACGGUUCAAUGAUAAAGUGUUGUUUUGUGAUAUAGUGUCUUAUCGGAGGUGCCCGUUACAAACGUCCCUUAUCUACGAUGAUGCGUUUAAACUCUAUCCCUUAACGUACAUAGGAUAAAAGACAGAGACAUGAUACGAAAUAGCCGAUAUAUAAGAAGUGAUUAAAUAAAAUGUGCGAGUGAUUUGAAGACGGUAAACUGUUUGAAAAAUGGGGACAGUGAGUGCAAGUGUGUUUAGGAAAGUGGUCGUUGUUGUACUGCUGUUUUGGAUCGAUGAUACGCGAGCAUUGCGUGACGUGCAAUUAAUAGCACCGUCAGCUGUCAGGCUGGGUGACACAGUGUUGCUCGGUUGCAAAUGGACUUUAGAAGGGAACGAGACAUUGUACAGUGUGAAGUGGUACCGGGGUAGACAGGAGUUCUUCAGUUACCUCCCCAAGGAGUAUCCCUAUACGAGACUGUUCGCGCAACCUGGCAUCAACGUCGACAUAUCAAAGUCGUCGUCACAGCAGGUGGUACUUCGUGAGGCGACGCGCGCGCUGGCCGGCCGUUUCCGUUGCGAGGUGUCCGCGGACGCGCCCUCCUUUCACACACAAGUCCGCUCCGCGUACAUACAUGUUGUGGAACUACCGCCAGAUAAGCCAACAAUAAAAGCUGAGAAGGGCUGGUAUGCGUCAGGCGACUCUCUGCGUGCCCAGUGCUCGUCACCGCCAGCUGACCCUCCAGCCAACCUUACCUGGCUGCUCAACGGACGAGACAUCCAAGGCAAACCUAUCAUACAGCAAAGGAUACUUCCAAGUCCUGCUGUGGCGAUAGAUGUCCCCCACAUACCAGACCAGAGCACCACACCUCCCGGGGAUGAAAAUAGCAACAUUAUAUUCAGACCGUGGAAAACAUUUGGUCCUUUCGUUGAUACAAUCCAGGAAGGGGAACUACUGCCAAGUCAAGACACCGUGCUCUUCCCGAAGCCUCGAUUAACCGAUGGCACGUUAGAAGAAGAUGUUACAGAUCCUAUGCCCACUGCGGAGUCUUCAAAAAAGGUGGCAUCAAUAAGCCAACUAUCGUUCAUGGUUCGUCCGGACAGCUUCGAGCGCGGGCAGCUACGUUUGACCUGCAUAUCUACAGUCCAUUCGGUAUACAGCGAGAGAGCUGAGCUCGUCAUCAACGAGGAACGGCCACAGAUCGCCUCUGUACUAGGGACGAGAGACCGAGCGUCAGGGUCUGUGGCAUCUCUAUUUCUGACAGCUCUAUGUUCCACAAUUACGUUCUCUCAAAUAUUAAGACACAUCCUGCGAUGAUGGCCGGCCUAGGGCGAGUAAGCUGUCCUUCAUCACCUGUCAUUUGUAAAUAGCAAAUAUUUUAAUAGACGAGUUGUGCUCACCUACUUAAUGUAUGUAGGUGUU